UGUGUCUCUGUGGUCCAGUGGCCUCAGGAGAAGCCGUGUCCCAAAGCGUGGGCCUCGCUGGAGAGAGUCAUCGAGAUCCAGAGUAAACACUGGCCGUGUCUCCAGAGUUUGUCUCAGACAAGUGGACACUCGCUACUGGACGGCCCCUCGGGGGCUCAGGGCCAAUCAGAGAAGGACGAGGCAGAAACCGUCAGCGCCAUGGCGUCGCUCAGUGUCGAUGUAGAGCAGCCGGGAUCUGAUCCUGACAACACGGAAACCAGCAG